CCCACCUCUAUAUAAUCUGUGUCCAAUCCUAGAACUACGAUAAUACCUCGGUCGAAGUCCAAAAAUACUGCGAGAAUUGAGAACAUGGCUUCAUUUAUGAGGUUUUGCUUUGCCACUCUGUUUAUUUUGGUCAUAACAAGUUCUGCUCCGGCAACCACGGCGGAGGAGUUCAAGGUUGGUGGCAAUGAGGGUUGGCGACAGCCCAAUGCCAAUGAAACUGAAAUGUAUAGCCGGUGGGCUGCAACCAAGAAAUUCCACAUUGGAGAUUCUCUCCGUUUCGAGUACAAGAAUGAUACGGUGCAGGUGGUGGACAAAUGGGGAUACUAUCACUGCAACUCAAGCCACCCCAUCUCAUUCUUCCAUGACGGCAACACCGUGAUCAAACUGCAGCAACUCGGUCUGGUAUAUUUCGUGAGUGCCGACCCAGAUCACUGCAAAAACGGGCAAAGAGUGACAGUCGAGGUGAUACCGCUCCACCAGAAUUCUCAAUCACCAUCACAGUCCUCUGAUGCACCCCCUGCACCAUCACUGUUCUCUGGAGCAAGAUCAUUCUUGGUUGUGCAAGAACUGGUUUUCUUUUAUAUAGUUGCUUCUGCCUCCUUCAACAUGUAGGUAGCUUUAGAGUUGACGAUCAUUAUUGGUUGUGCAAGAACUGGUUUUAUUUCAUGUAGUUGCUUCUGCCUCCUUUAACAUGUAGGUAACUUUAUUGUUAACGGCGGCUGGCCGACUGGUUAUGUGUCAUUCAUCUAACUAAGUCAGUGUAACACCUGCAGGACUAAUUACGAAACUAUAUACCUCAGAACAGUCGAAAACGAGGCAUCCUGCUACAUAUAUGAAAUAUCCUUUUCAUGUAACAGGAGAAAUUGUGUGUUAUUUGUAUAAGCAGGAUUGCACAGCAAAUUAACACAAAAUCUUGGGCAGAAUUUGUCAAUAUGAUCAAACUCUCUUGAAUAUUUAAAGCUAAGCGCAGGGCAUCAAUGGCUUCAUCAGAUUAUGUAUUAUUAAUUGGAACAUCAACACCAGAAUUUCCGACAUUCUUGAUAAUAGUGAUGAA